AUGGCAAAGGCAGCUAAGGAGAUUCAAAUGGAGAAUCCAGGAGAGGCAGAGACGCCCAGCGCAGGGGCCACGUCGGAGGAACAGGCAGAAAAACCCUCCAUGCUCUGCUUUAAGAAGCGGAAGAAGUCCUGCAAGACGGGACCGACCGUGAAGGACGCGUGUGAAGGAGCCUUGGAGGAGAAAAGCCAAUGUGUCAGCGCCGACCAUGGGGAGGCCAAAGUUUCUCAUCAAUCCCGCUCCUCCAAAGGAGCCUGGGCGGCCAUCAAAAACCUGGCAAGACCUCGGAGAAGGCAAAAGUCCUCCUCGCGGAAGAAGGUGCCCUCUGACUCCCAGGUGCAGCUGGAGACCGAGGCUGAGGAGACCUGCACCCAAAGUUUGCCAAAGAAACGGGCGAGCUCCGGGGUGAAGAUGCCCUGCGUGCGGUUCUCCAGGGGCAAGAAAAAGCUCAGCCCCUCCGAAGCAGUGGAGGAGUCGGAGGAGAGUGUUCAAGCAAACGAAGUGGGGGCUGGUUUGAGCAAAGCUAGCGAGGAGCCACAGGAUUUGGCCACGGGGGACAAGUCCGAGUCCUUCAGCCCGGUCUCCACAGAGGAGGAGCAGGAUGCAGGGAAGGAGAGCACCGACUCUGCCGAGAAGAGCGAGCCCUUGGCAGAGCCCACACCUGAUGUGGAAGAACGCACCGAGCCCACCACUCCGUCGGAGACAACCCAAUCGGAGACAGUCAAGGAAACAGCCCAGGAAGAAGUGCAGGAGGGGAGCCCACCCCAAACCACAGUCCCCACGGAAACAGCCCAGGAAGAAGUGCAGGAGGGGAGCCCACCCCAAACCACAGUCCCCACAGAAACAGCCCAGGAAGAAGUGCAGGAGGGGAGCCCACCCCAAACCACAGUCCCCAUGGAAACAGCCCAGGAAGAAGUGCAGGAGGGGAGCCCACCCCAAACCACAGUCCCCAUGGAAGAUGGAGAUGUUGCUCCUGAAGCGCCCCUCUCCACGGAUCAACCUGACAGCACCCCCAAAACCCCCCAGGUGCAGGAACCCCCCGACACCUGCAAAGAGCUGCCCGAAGGGGACGAUUCAGGAAAGAGCACAGAUGUCCCCGAGGAGAGCAAAGCCGGAGAGACCCUCACAGAUCUCAGUCCAUCGGUGGGGCUGAAGGACACCGCUGCGAGUGUGGAGGGCGGCCCCAGCCACCAGGUGACAUCAGAAGCAACGGUGAGUGCCGGCGUCAGCAUCGUCAUCACCAUCACCGAAGCUGAGGACUCUGACCACACCGACUCCGACCAGGCCUACGAGCCGUCCCCCGUUUUGCACCGUAAGAAGCAAAAAGGGAACAAAAAAUCAAGCGGGAGCUUUGAUUUGGGUAACAAAGAGGGCCCCGAGGCCGGUGGCGGUCCCCAGGCGGAGGAGAAAGGUCCAGGCAACCAGGGGCACAGGACUGGGGAGCAGUACGAAUUGCUCCUCAUAGAAACCGCAUCUUCCCUGGUGAAGGCAGCCAUCCAGUCCUCCAUAGAGCAGCUGGUCAACGAGAUGGCACUGGAACAGAACAAACACAACAAUUUUCUGUGA